AGCGGACCGAGUCCAAUACAGACAAACGCAAAAGAUCCCCUUCCUUCAUAAGCCUACAAACAAUCGGAUUGUGUCACCGAUACACAGUUUCUGAGGGAGGGAGCUAAGACUUCCCUUUUGCAACCUCCGUGAGACUCUGAACCAAAUUUUGAAGCUGAGGGCUUCGAGAAUUGAGGGAAAUCGAGCACAAGAGAGACGUUUGAAGGAGCUUUUGUUUUUUACACAAGAAUGGGUGAUCACAUGGUUUUGUGUGUGGACCGCCUCAAUAAGCCUGAAAGCUUGCAGUCGCUUCCUGCAACUACUGCUCCAGGGUCUUCUUUAGAAUCUUCAUCUUCUCAAAAUUCAGAGCCACCUGUUUGUGCUAUUUCUGUUGAAGAUGUGGAUGAACAUGAUGGAUCUGAAGAAGACCCCCUUAUUCAGUCAGUUGAAUGUCGAAUAUGUCAGGAAGAGGAUAGUAUUAAGAAUUUGGAGAUUCCUUGUGCUUGCAGUGGCAGCUUGAAGUAUGCUCACAGGAAAUGUGUCCAGCGAUGGUGCAAUGAGAAGGGAGAUAUAAAUUGUGAAAUUUGUCAUCAGAAUUAUCAGCCUGGUUAUACCUUGCCUGUACCACCCCCUCGCUCGGAAGAUACUACCAUUGAUAUGAGUGAAGGUUGGCCAGUCUCUGAAAAUGCUUUAGAUUUGCAUGAUCCACGACUUUUGGCUAUGGCAGCAGCAGAACGCCACUUUCUUGAGGCAGAAUACGAUGAAUAUGCAGAUGCCAGUGCAAAUGGAACGGCGUUUUGCCGAUCUGCUGCUCUGAUUUUAUUGGCUCUUUUACUGUUGAGGCACGCUCUGUACCUUACAAAUGGUGAUGGAGAAGAUGAUGCUUACACUUUUUUCUCGCUUUUAUUGCUACGAGCUGUCGGGUUUCUUCUUCCCUGCUACAUUAUGGCAUGGGCUAUCAGCAUACUACAGCGUCGAAGACAAAGACAGGAAGCUGCAGCGCUUGCAGCAACUGAAGUUGCAUUUAUGCUGCAGGCAGCACAAGGUCAGAGCCUCCAGUUUACCAUUGCUCCAGGGCCUGUAGUGACGCCUCAUCAAGAGCCACUCCAAUAACGAUGUUUCUUUAUGGAGUGCUGACAGGCAUUAUAAAUAUUAACUUCAACCUAAAUUUAUUCUACUGUAUUCCACCCUUUUUCCCCUUCUUUCUUUCUCUUUAAAAAAUUAUCAGUAAACUGUAAUUUUCCAUCUUCCCCUUGGCAUCCUCUGCAAGUUUUUUUUUCCUUCGUACUGCUUUAAAUCUACAUCUCUUGCGUUCUGGUUAUCACGGAAUCCGUGAUGGUUAAUUCAGAG